AUGUCCAAGUUGAUUGCCAUCACAGGUGUCACGGGAGUCCAGGGAGGCUCCGUCGCAAGCACAUACCUCCAGCUUCCAGGAUGGAAGGUCCGGGGUGUCACCCGCAACCCAUCUUCUCCCAAAGCCAUGGAGUUACAGGCGCGAGGCGUCGAGAUCGUCUACGGGGACCUGAAUUACCCUGACAGCCUGGAAGCAGCAUUCCAGAAUGCAACCAUCAUCUUCGGCGUGACUGACUUCUGGACAAUCUUCCAAGACACCGAGAGCAUGACGAAGAAACAACCAGACCAGGACCUCACGGAAUAUUGCUUUGAAGUAGAGGUCCAGCAGGGAAAGAAUCUGGCGGAGGCCGCCGCCCGGAUUCCGACAUUGGAACGCUUUGUUUUCAGUUCCAUGGCGUCCGCGAAUAAGUGGAGCAAAGGAAAAUUCCCCAGAGUCUACCACAUGGACUCGAAAGCGGUGGUGGUCGAACAUGUUCGAAGUCUGCCAGGCUUGAAAGACCGCUUCUCGCAGAUCCAGGCACCGAUCUACUUCAAUCUGCUUUGGCAAUGGGGUCUUCCGACAACACCAAAAAAGCAAGCCGAGGGCUCCUAUCGAAUCUCCGGGGUUGGCCCGGCUGACAUUCCCGUUCCCUUUGGAGACGUGCAAAAUGACUUUGGUCGGUGUGUUAAAGCGGUAGCGGAUGGACUUCCCGGCUUGAACCUUUUGGCUGUCGGAGAGUUCCUGUCAUGGGAGGCGUAUCUUGACAUCUGGUGCCAGUCGCAGGGAGUACCGAACGGUGGCUACGAACAGCACACCAUUGAAUCAUUCGAGAAGCUCCUGCCUGGUGGACUCGGUCGGGAAUUUGGGGAGAACGUGCUUUUCGCGCAGCAGUUCGGUUAUGACGGAGGUGAUCCCACGGUGGUCCGACCCUCGCAGUUCGGCAUCGAAAUGACUUCCUUCAAGGAGUACUGCGAGCGAACCGACUUUUGCUCUAUUCUCUAA